CACCACUGUGGCUAUUUAAGAUCAAACCGUUCGGCACUCGGACACAAUUGGACCGCAGCGACUUGAAUGAGACGCUUCUAGUUUGUACUUUCGAGAACCGCCGUCCGUUUUAAGUCCGUAUUAUCCGUCAUAUUGCUAUAACUAUUAUCACCAUGAAGGUCUCCUACGCAGUCGCCCUCCUGUUGGCCGUCGUGGCAGCCGCUUCGUCGACGGAAGUCCAAAAGUCCACCGCCUCCCCGUCACCAGUACAGUCGCCGACGGCUUACCCAGGACCAGGAGGCGUAUCGUAUCCGGCGCAGAGCUACCAGUACACGUCCGAGUACGCCGGACCGAUGGCCAAGUCAUCGUUCGGACCAAAGGCCGCCGUCCCGUCGUCUGCUUUCGCCGCCUACCAACCGUACCAGCAACACCAGCAGUACAACUUCGGACCGCAACAACAGUACUACCCGGGUUCCGGAUACCCCGCCGCCGGACAGUACCCUACCCCGUACUCCGGACAUCCGUCGACCGGCGCCGCCUACCCGACCCCGUACUCGGCUUACCCGUACUCGGCUCAACCGUACUCUGCCCAACCGUACUCGGCUCAACCAUACUCUGCCCAACCGUACAACGGCGCCUCUUACUCGCCAUAUCCGGCCGCCUUCCCGUCGUACUACGGUAGUCAAUUCGGCGUGCCGUCCGCCGCCGGUCCAUACAACAGUCACUACUCCGCGGCCGCCGCCUCUCCGUACAACGGCCACUACUCGGGCGCCACCGCGCCGACCGUCACCCCGUACUCGGCUCUGCCGUCCGCUUAUCCACAACAACCGCUGCAGCACUCGUCGUCGUUCUACAACAGCGGCGCCGCCGGUCAACAGUACGGCCCGUCCCAACAGUACCCGUCACAGCAGUACCAGUCGUUCUACGCCAACUCGCCGGCCGCCCCCGUCGCCGCCGCCGCCGCCUCAGCCGCCUCCGAUUCCGUCAAUAAGGCAUCGGCUGAAAAGAAAUAAACGAACGAUUGAUCAUCAUGGACACCCCGCCUCAGGAAUUUUGACUUAUUAUUUCGCUACUUAGGAUAAUAGUAUAUGAGCGUAUAAAUAUUAUUUGUAUUAUUAUUUAUUUUUGCAACACUUAUUGCCAUAUAGUAUAAUAUGUAAUAUAAUAAAAUCGCAAUAUAUUUAACGUAAUUUUAUAUCAUAA